CUUUGGAUGGGGGGACUGAGAACUGCAAACCCUUAAGCAGACCAAGAGACGAGGAGACGAGAAGACGAAGAGUUGUGCGACAGCGUUUUCUGGGUUUCUAUCAUUUCCUAAACAAGUUUUCAAGUGAUUUCUUACCUCGAGAGUUCGUUUGGUAUAGUAAGGAAACUAUCUGAACUAUGGAGACAAGUUCUGUAAUACUAAGCCCGAAAAGGCAGAAGCUGGAUGGUGGAGAAGAGAUGGAAGGAAGGAGAAAGAAAUUAUUUGAUUUGCCUGAUGAGAUUCUUCUAGCAAUUAUCUCCCUACUUGAAACAAAAGAUGCAAUCAGAACAAGCAUUUUGUCUAAAAGAUGGGAAUACUUAUGGACUUCAAUUCCUAAGCUUGAAUUUCGUCAUCAGCCGUCUACUCCAAGAUCUACCAUGUGGAAUAUUGUGGAAAGAGCGCUUCUUCUUUGCGGCCCUGCUGAUAUAAAAGUGUUCGAACUUAAUUUUCCAGUGCUAGGGGAUGCAUGUCGUGUUAAGGCCUGGAUCUCUGCCGCAUUAAGGCGCAAUGUUCAGGAACUUUAUAUCUAUCUCCAUGGCCUCCAGGGACAAUUUUCAUUGCCUCAUUCAUUGUUUACUAAUACAACACUGACGGUUUGUGAAUUAGAUAUUCCUUUCCCAAUCAAGGUUCCUUCUACCGCUUGUUUCUCAAGCCUAAAGAACUUGUCUCUUAGGUCCGUGGUGUUUUCUGAUGACUCAGCGCAGCAUCUGUUUUCUGGUUGUCCGGUCCUUGAGGAAUUAUAUCUAAAAAAUUGCAUUUGGUUGAAUAACAAGUUUGUGAGUAUUUGUUCCCCCAAGCUUUUGACGUUGUUUAUAAAUGAAAGCGAUAUGAUACUUCCUGGAGGUUCAGAAGGUUGUCAGAUUAUGAUAUACGAAGUUAGUCUCCAAAGCUUUUGUUACAGUGGCGAGCUCCAAAACGAGUAUUGCUUUUAUGAUUCCUCCUCAUCAAAAAAAGCGGAGAUCCAUCUUUCUUAUGAUUCUAAUAAGAACCUGAGACAUGCUGGUUACCGGUUGUAUAAGCUCCUUAGAGGGCUCACCAGCAUGGAGGGGCUAACUUUCUCCUCAUAUAAUGCCUUUCGGGUUGUUGUAGCCAAUGCACCAGAACUUCUUUCCAAGAUGCCCAUGUUCAAUAAUCUGACAACCUUUGUAUUGGAAGACGCGGCAUUUAUUGAUGACAAAGCACUAUUGACGAUGCUUCAGUACUUUCCUCAUCUUGAAACACUGAUAUUUGUUGAGGGGUUUGGCCUGUCCCCGGAAUGGGUAGAAGAUGAGGGGGUGUUGGAGCCACUGCCUCCGUGUUUCUUGUCACAUCUUAAGAGGAUUGAAGUCGCUGAAUUUAAUGGAGAUCAGUAUAACGAGCUUAACGCAGUAAGGAUUUUGCUAAAGAAUGCAAAGGUCUUGAAGAAGCUGGAUAUAUCUUGGUAUUUUACGGCGGGGGCAGAGCAGAAAGCGGAGAUCACCAAACAGGUAUUUGAUUUUCCGAGAGCAUCAGGAAGCUGUGAAGUUGUGCUUCGUUGAGUUUUUAAUAUAUGUUUUCGACUUAAGCUUCGUGCUUUGACAUGCCUUCCUUUUGAACCUGUUGACUUGCAAUGAUCUUUUGUGUAAUUUAGCAGGGAUUACUGGCUUAAGCUGUUAUUUGGUAGGGUAAAAAUAUUACCAAUGGAUAUUUUAUCUGCUUUAGUUGGUGAAAAUCUCCUUUUUACA